AUGGAAUUCAAUCAAGCACAGUAUGGACAGGCUUUACAGGGCCAGGAACAAAUGGGUGCCACUGUUUUAUGUUGUAACUGUGGUACGCCUAUUGAUGGUUCAGGCGGGUUAGUGAUGUGUUACGAUUGUAUCAAGAUGACUGUCGAUAUCAGCGAAGGUAUUCCAAGAGAGGCAAACGUUUCAUUUUGUAGAAACUGUGAAAGAUUUCUUCAACCUCCGGGUCAGUGGAUUAGAGCAGAUCUAGAAUCUAGAGAACUAUUGGCCAUCUGUUUGCGUCGUUUGAAAGGUUUGACCAAGGUGAGAUUAGUGGAUGCAUCAUUUAUCUGGACAGAACCACAUUCCAGACGUAUCAGAGUGAAACUUACUGUUCAAGGUGAAGCGAUGGCAGGCACCAUCAUUCAACAAACAUUUGAAGUUGAGUAUAUUGUCAUUGCUAUGCAAUGUCCUGACUGUGCCAGAUCCUAUACCACAAAUACAUGGAGGGCUACUGUUCAAAUUAGACAAAAGGUUCCACAUAAGAGAACUUUCCUAUUUUUAGAACAAUUAAUUUUAAAACACAAUGCUCAUGUCGAUACGAUUUCUAUUAGUGAAUCAAGAGAUGGGUUAGAUUUUUUCUAUGCACAAAAGAAUCAUGCAGUUAAAAUGAUUGAUUUCUUAAACUCUGUGGUUCCAAUCAAGUACAAAAAAUCUGAAGAACUUAUUUCUCAAGAUACACAUACAGGUUCGUCUACCUAUAAAUUCUCAUAUUCCGUUGAAAUUGUCCCAAUUUGUAGAGAUGAUUUGGUUGUCUUACCGAAAAAAUUAGCUAAGUCUAUGGGUGAUAUCUCACAAUUUGUCCUCUGUUCCAAGAUUUCGAACACUGUUCAAUUCAUAGAUCCAACUACUUUACAAAUAGCAGAUUUAUCUCCUUCCGUCUAUUGGAGGUAUAAUUUCCCACCAUUAGCCGAUGCUUCUCAAUUAGUUGAGUUCAUCGUUUUAGAUGUUGAAUCUACAGGUAUAAGUAGAGGUAAGAAUGUUCUUGCUGAUGUCUGUGUUGCAAGAGCUUCUGAUCUUGGUGUCAACGACCAAGUAUAUUAUAUUAAAUCUCAUUUAGGUGGUAUUAUCCAUGCUGGUGACACUGUAAUGGGUUACUUCGUCUCCAAUUCCAACUACAAUUCCGACUUAUUUGACGGUCUGCAACUAGAUUACGUUCCUGACGUAGUCCUUGUGAAGAAACUAUACAAGAGAAAGAACAAGAAGAAUAGAAACUGGAAGUUAAAGAGAAUGGCAAGAGAACGUGCUGAUAUCGAUGCAUCUCAAGAUUACAAUGACAGAACACAAAGACAAGAAAUGGAGCGUGCUGAAAGAGAUUAUGAACUCUUCUUGCAAGAAUUGGAAGAAGAUGAAGAAUUGAGACAAAAGAUCAACUUAUACAAGAACCAAAAACAACCAGAAAAUGGUGUACAAAGCACGGUGGACGAUGGUGACGAUGAAGAUGAAGACGCACCAGAAAUUAAUAUCGAUGAAUUAUUAGACGAAUUAGAUGAAAUGACUUUAGAAGACACCCCAAUGGAGGAUUGA